GACCAUCUAUCUGAAUCUGAAGUCUGAGAACGACGACACCACCAGUAGAUCCAGGAUGGAUUUCCACCGAAGCCCCACCAUCACGGCCCUUGAGAAGUGGGGUUCUGAUGAGUCACCAUCUGACUGCAGGAGACGUUAUAACGUCAGGAAAAAACUGAAGUGGAUUCGAAUCUUAGGCCUCUUUCUGGGCCUGGUAGCCAUUAGCACUGUCCCAUUUUCAAUCAGUGCCUUUUCGGAGACAGACACACAGAGUACAGGAGAAGCAAAUAUUAUCAGUGGCCCCAGGGUAGCACAUGGUUACCAUCACAGAACUCUCCUAGAUCUAAAUGACAAGAUUCGGGAUUACACUCCACAGCCAGCUCUUUCUCAGGAAGGCAAAUCUGAGAAUAGCACAGAUCAUGCCCAAGGAGACUACCCAAAAGACAUCUUUUCCCUUGAGGACCGAAGGAAAGGCGCCAUCAUUCUCCAUGUUUUGGGGAUGAUUUACAUGUUUGUAGCCUUAGCCAUUGUCUGCGAUGAAUUCUUUGUUCCUUCUUUGACUGUCAUCACUGAAAAACUGGGCAUCUCUGAUGAUGUGGCAGGUGCCACCUUUAUGGCUGCAGGGGGGUCAGCCCCAGAACUCUUCACAUCUCUCAUUGGGGUGUUUAUUGCUCACAGCAACGUUGGCAUAGGCACAAUCGUAGGUUCAGCAGUGUUCAAUAUCCUCUUUGUUAUUGGCAUGUGUGCUCUCUUUUCUAGAGAAAUCUUGAACCUGACGUGGUGGCCACUCUUUCGGGAUGUGUCCUUCUACAUUGUUGACUUGAUCAUGCUAAUUAUUUUCUUCCUGGAUAACGUUAUCAUGUGGUGGGAAAGCUUGCUUCUCUUAACUGCUUACGUUGGCUAUGUGAUUUUCAUGAAAUUCAACGUCCAAGUAGAAAGAUGGGUGAAACAGAUGCUAAAUCGCAAUAAAGUCGUCAAGGUGGCAGCACCAGAGGCCCAAGCAAAGUCAUCUACAGCCAGGGACAAGGAUGAACCAACUCUACCGGCUAAGCCACGACUGCAGCGAGGUGGAAGUUCUGCCUCCCUCCACAACAGUCUCAUGAGGAAUAGCAUCUUCCAGCUGAUGAUACACACACUUGACCCACUCGCUGAAGAACUUGGAUCAUAUGGAAAACUAAAAUAUUAUGACACAAUGACUGAAGAAGGAAGGUUCAGAGAAAAGGCUUCCAUUCUCCACAAGAUCGCCAAGAAGAAAUGCCAAGUGGAUGAGAACGAGAGGCAGAAUGGGGCUGCCAAUCAUGUGGAAAAAAUCGAGCUCCCGAACAGCACCAGCACAGAAGUGGAAAUGACACCAACCAGUGAUUCAUCAGAACCUGUGCAAAAUGGAAAUCUCUCCCACAGCAUUGAAGUCACAGAAGCCCAGACUGCUGACGAGGAGGAGGACCAGCCUCUCAGCCUGGCCUGGCCUCCCAAUCCUCGCAAGCAGGUCACGUUCCUGAUUGUACUCCCCAUCGUGUUUCCUCUCUGGAUCACCUUGCCUGAUGUUCGCAAAGCUUCAUCAAGGAAGUUUUUUCCCAUCACCUUCUUUGGCUCCAUCACCUGGAUUGCAGUAUUUUCUUAUUUAAUGGUCUGGUGGGCACACCAGGUUGGUGAAACCAUCGGCAUCAGUGAAGAGAUCAUGGGUUUGACGAUCUUGGCCGCUGGGACCUCCAUCCCUGAUCUCAUUACCAGUGUCAUCGUGGCCCGGAAGGGGCUCGGGGACAUGGCCGUUUCCAGUUCCGUUGGAAGCAACAUUUUUGACAUCACUGUAGGGCUCCCACUGCCCUGGCUCCUGUACACCAUCAUUCACAGAUUCAAGCCGGUAGCGGUCAGCAGCAAUGGCCUCUUCUGUGCCAUUGUCCUCCUCUUCAUCAUGCUUCUCUUCGUCAUCCUGUCCAUUGCCCUCUGCAAAUGGAGGAUGAACAAAGUGCUGGGUUUCAUCAUGUUUGGCCUCUACUUUGUGUUCCUUGUGGUCAGCGUCCUCCUCGAAGACAGAAUUCUUAUGUGUCCUGUCUCCAUCUAGCAGGAAAAGCCAUAUCUAGAACCAAGAGCAUGGAUUGUCCCUUGCCACACUGGGCUCUAGGCUCCUUGACCUCUUGAGAAGAGGAAGUUGGCACAAAUACCUGAGUGCCAAGGAUCCCUCCUAGGAAGAUUUGAGGAGGGAAGGAUUUGCACUGGACCCAUUCACUUCACAGG